AUGUCCCUGGUCCCUCCUGCUGACCGGGACUCCUUCCUCUCUUCCACGCAGGACCUCAAAGACUACUUUGGGGCUGUGGGCAACGUGCGAUACGCCGACGUGCUGCGCGAGGCCGGCCCCGGCAGCCGCAGCAAGGGCUGCGGCAUCGUGGAGUUUGAGACGCCCGACGAGGCGGCCGCCGCCAUUGUGCAGCUCAACGACACAGAGCUGGAUGGGCGCAAGAUCUUCAUCCGGGAGGAUCGUGAGGACCCCAGCACCUCGCUGGGAGGCGGCGGCGGCGGCUACGAGCAGCAGCGGCACGUGGUGGCGGCGGGCGGCGGCUCGGGCGGUCGCCCCGGUUCUAGCGCAGCGCCCGGCACUCAGAUCGUGGUGCACGGCCUGCCGUACCGCACCUCCUGGCAGGACCUGAAGGACAUGUGCAAGCCCGCCGGAGCGGUGGUACGUGCCGACAUCGUGACCAACCCCGACGGCAGCAGCAAGGGCUGGGGCACUGUGUCCUUUGCCACGCCCAGCGACGCGCAGGCCGCCAUCCAGCUGCUCAACGGCUCGGAGCUGGAGGGGCGGGUGGUCACUGCCAAGCUGGACAAAUUUGUGUGA